UUUAUCUCAGUUGCUUUGUGGAUGUCGGUAAAAUUGUGAUUUGUUUUUUAAUUAAAAAAAAAAUUGGAAAAAAAUGAAUCAAAAGUGUUAAUAUUCAAUUAAAUUAUAAUAAAAGCGAAACAAUGGCUGUUGCUUUUUGUGGUAAAAGAUUAUUUUUAGCAAGGGCAAAUAUUUUUAAGGCACAAACAAGAAACAGUUACAUCGUUCUAUUACCUGAAAUUGGUGAAGAUUUACAGGAAAAGAAUCCACUUUACUCGGAGGAAACAAAAUUACCAGAUUUUAAAAGAGUUACAUUUGAAAGAUGUUUAGCAGCCGUUAAUAAACAAUCUGUUGAAUUUGAACAAAAUUUAUCAUCUCUGGAAAAAGACAUCGAAAAAAAUGAGAAUUUCAAUAUCUUCACCGAUUUAAUAACUCCAAUUGAGGAAUCUCAAGUUCCAUUAGAAUCAACAUGGGGUGUCACCAGAGCCUUGUAUUUUGGCGAUAAGCGCUAUAUGCUUGGACAAUGUUAUCCAAAUAUAAAUAGACGUAUUAGUGUUGCUCUCGGUUAUAAAUUUUGCAGUAAACAAAUUCACAAGGCAUGUAAAAAUGCUUUAGAGGACAAAAAUAAUAAAUUCACACCAGAACAGGAAAGGUUAAUACAAAAAUUUAUUUUGGAAGGCAAACUCAAUGGUUUAGAAUUGAAAUCGAAAAAAUCACAAGACUUUGUUAAGUAUUAUUCUGGAAAAAUUUCAACCGAACAAACAUUAUUUUCAAAAAAAUUGGAGGCAAAAACGAUAUCAUUUUCACGUACAGUUAGUAAUCCACAUGUAAUGAAAGAUUUUCCUGAAUUAUUUUCGAAAUUAGUGGCACAAGAUCCAAACAAUCCUCAUAAGGGUCCGUGGAUUAUUACUUUACGUCCUCAUAUCGUCUCAACAUUUUUGGAAUACUGUUCCGAUAGAGAAUUGAGGAAAGAAAUUUGGCGAGAAGAUGUUUUAAAGUGUUCUCUUUAUAAAGAACGAGAAGUGCAAAACAGUACAUCACUUGAAAACAUAAGGGACUACCGAAAAGAAGUUGCAAAUCAUUUGGGUUACAAGACUUUCGCCGAUAUGAGUAUGGAAACAAAAAUGGCUGGAAGUUUAGAAAAUCUUAACAACUUUUUCGAUAGUUUACUCGAAGAAGCACGACCAGCGCAAGAACGCGAAAUAGAGGAAUUAAAUAAAUUUGCUCAAGAAAGAGGAUUCGAUGAUACGUUAAGACAGUGGGACAUUCCUUAUUGGUCGCGAAAACAACGACGAGCAAUAUAUCAGUAUGAAGAGAACGUUAUUCAGGAAUAUUUUCCACUACCAACAGUUAUGGUGUCAAUGUUUAAAUUGUUGGAAAAUUUAUUUAACAUCAAAAUAGAAGAGUAUGAAAAUCCAAAUGUUUGGAAUGAAGAUGUUCGUUUGUACAAUAUUUAUGAUUUGGAUUCUUCAAUUAUAGAGCCAGCGGCUCAAUUUUAUUUCGAUCCCUAUGUUCGAGAUUAUAAAAUAAAAACCAAUUCAAAUGAGGGUGUAAUGGUUCCCAUCAGAAAUAGAAGCAAAGUUUGCGAUAGAAAUCCACUGGCAGCACUGAUAUUUAAUUUUAUGCCUCCAACGUCGGAUAAACCUUCGCUUCUCACAUUUUUGGAUGUUGUGGAAUUAUUUGACAAAUUUGGCAAGGCCCUUCAUCAUCUUUUAACGAAAACAAAUUAUAUCGAAUUGGCCGGUUUGUCAAAUGUCGAGUGGGAUGCGUCAGAUGUUAGCGGACAAUUUAUGAGUAAUUGGGUUUAUGAAUCGUCUGUUUUAUCUGAAAUGGCAAAACAUUAUAAAACUGGAGAACCUAUGCCACAAGAAGCAAUUGAUAAUCUCAGAAAUAUGAGAACUUUUAUGGCUGGUUAUAAACUUUGUGAAAAACUUUAUUUGUCGCGAUUCGAUAUCCAAUUGCACUCAACAGACGAAUUUUGGGUACAAAUAAUGAAACGACUGUGGAAACAGCAUUUUGUCAUUCCAGAAUUCAAAGAAGAUUCGCAUGUUUGUUCAUUUAUUGACAUAUUCGGUGGAAAUUUCGCAGCAGCCUAUUACACAAUUUUGUGGUCAGAAAUGAUUGGUGCCGAUAUAUUUAGUGCGUUUCAAGAAAUCCCUUCAGGCGACCAAGAACAACAGAAAUUAAUUGGACGCAGGUAUAAAGAAACUUUUCUCUAUUCGGGAGGUAGUUCUUCGUCGAAUGAAUUAUUUAGAAGAUUUAGAGGACGUGAUCCAAGUGUAAAAGCACUUUUAAAGAAUUUGGGAUUAAAAGUUCCAGUCGAGAAGCAAAUCAAUACUUAAAUACAAUGUAGAUGAAAAUUUAUAUUCUCAGUUAUAACAAAAGAAAAAUUUUAUUCUUUAUUAUGUUGCAUUGAAGCGCUCAAUUAUACAUUUUUUUAAACUUAAAGAUUUUUUCUAAAUUUUAGAGAGAGA